CGCGUCGUCCGUACGCCUCAAGGCUCCUGCCAUGGAAGCGAUCUGGGCGCAAUUCCUUCUAUACCUUUAUGUUUCAUUAGACCAUAUCCAACCGUGGGUUAAAGUGCGUCAAGUGAAUUGGUAUCAGGAAACAACUGGUCACCUGAUCUGAAAGGUUGUUUAGUGGAGGCUUGGUUAUUGACGAACGAGCAGCUCAUAAAUACUUUCGACAGAAGUAGCAUAUAACAGCGCUUAGUUAGGCUUGGUCUCGGAAGGCUAUUGUUUCCCAACGAUGUUGUGCGAACGACCCGAGGUGGUGCCAGCGCUCAAAGGCGCUAUUGUUGUGCUGCCGGCUGUAACAUACGCAAACGUGGGGGAACUGGCAGUGGACGUGUUGGUAGCAACGCUCUGUCCACAGCCGUUGGGAUCCCUGGAGUCGGCAAACGUGCUGCCUGUGGUCGGAAAUGACGCAUUCAGUGUGGGACCUGGAACCCUUUCGACUGCUCUUGAGGCAUUCUCCCUUCCUGGCCGUCCCCUGGUGCUGCUGCAGCAGCGCGCCCCCGCCUGCCCGGGCCGGCAGGCCGCUUGGGCCGCGGAGCUGGUGGCGUGGCUGGCGGGUUGCGGCGCGGCGGGGGUGCUGCUGCUGAGCGGGCUGGACGCGCAGCUGCGGCGGGACAAGCAGCUGGACAGCGACCCAUGCAGGUUCCUCGCCAGCAGUGACGCGCUGCGGGAUGCCGUAGCAGCCGCAUCCCUUCCCCCCACCGCCCAGCAGCAGCAGCAGCAGCAGCAGCCGGACCUGGACCAGCACAUGCAGGAGUCACUAGUGCUACAGCCGCCCCAGCUACAGCCGCCCCAGCAGUCCCUUCCGGAGCUGGAGCCAGAGAUUCGGGAGGAGGAGCUAGCGCUGCACCAUAGCCUGCCGCCGUGGCCGCUCGUACAGGAGUGUACGGCACGAGGGCUGCCGUACAUCAUGCUUGGGUGCUUUGCGGCUGAGGGGGA